AGUGGGCGGGCAACUGGAUGUCCGAUUCUCAUUGUUAUCUCCUCGGAGAAACAAGCACCUUAAGCCCCCAUCAUUUUAGACCUCAAGGCAAGUUUGAGCAUCCCGACAGUGACAAAAUCAUUCUGUGUGCACCUUUCGUCGUAUCCGUCCCAGGACUGAUUUUAUACCUUUCUCAUCACGACUUUGGAACAGUGUGCGAAAUGGCAUGGUUCAUGUUAGGUCUAUUGCUGGCCGCGGCCUAUGUUGGCUCUAUCGCUGUCUACAGGCUGUUCUUCAGCCCGCUUGCCCGCUUCCCAGGGUCCAAGUUGGCAGCCCUCACAUUUGCUUAUGAGUUCUAUUACGACUUUUUCAAAGAUGGCGGCGGUCGAUACUGGGCUGAAAUUAAUCGCAUGCAUGAUACAUCAGGCCCCAUAGUCCGUAUCAACCCGUGGGAAGUGCACAUCCGGGACCCAGAGUUCACCGAGGCUUUCAAAAUCUCGAGAAAGACGUCCAGGCCGUGGUGGUACUAUCGAUCCAAUGGACCGCCGAAUAGUGUUCUUCAAGCCGGACCUCAUGAGUUACAUCGAACGCGCCGCGAGGCCAUCCUGCCCGUGUUCGCCACCCCUCUUAUCAUGUCUCGUGAACACUUAUACGAGGCGUUGGUGCAAAGGUUACUUAUGAGAUUCCGCACCGCUAAAGGCACCGGCGCCGUGUUGACCUUGGGCCAUGCUUUUCGAUGCCUCGCCAUCGACCUGACGUGUACCACGAACCUCGGCUAUGAUUUUGGGUUCGUCGACGUCGAGGACUUUGAGAAAGACAUGUUUAAUAUAGCAAGGACCCUAGGUCGUAUGAACAUGAUCAGUCGUCACAUCGGGCACUGGUUCUUCGCGGUGAUGCGAGCUCCGGCGCGCUGGGCCAAACGCGCAGAGCCAGUCAGUCCUGGAAUGAUUCGCGUUCUGCGCUUCCGGAACUUGAUCGAUCAGGCCGUCACGGAACAGCAUCGUGCUGCGACGACCAAUAUCACAAGUACAAGUGAAAAGACUGGCGGUAGUGGCGGCGAUGAUGGGUUUAAAUCCACAGUCCAGAACAUCCUCAGGUCGAACCUUCCAGCCCAUGAAAAGGAGUUGACACGCGUGGUGAACGAGGUAUGGCUCUGCAUCAACGCGGGCAUCGACACAGAAGGCCAAGCCAUCGCGUUUGCGACGUUCAUGCUCCUAAGCCACCCCGAAGAGCUAGCACAACUCCGCGAAGAGCUAGCAGAAUGCGAAAAGAGGCUUGGCAGACUUCCGACCUACCAGGAGCUCAAGGAGCUGAAUUACCUAAAUGCAGUCGUACAGGAAUCGUUCCGCCUGAACCACCCCAUUGCCGGCCGUUUACCCAGGACCGACCCCGACAAUGAGAUCCAGUACGGGAAUGUGGUGAUCCCCAGGGACGUCACCGUUUCCGUGUCCACGUACGACAUCUAUCUCGACCCCACGAUCUUCCCUGAUCCGCACAGAUUUCAGCCUAAGCGAUGGCUUGACCUGGGUGAGCGAAAACGCCUCCGCAAGUAUAUCAACAACUACGGCCGCGGGACCCGUAGCUGCGUGGGUAUGGACGUGGCCAACAUGGGAAUCUACUUGACUCUAGGACGCAUCUUUUCUCCGUCGGCUGGCUUUGAGCUCUCGUUACAUGAUACGCUUUAUGAGCGCGAUGUAGCCUUUGAUGCUGACUUCUUUGGGGCCUUUCCCAAGAGCAGUUCCAACCAUAUCAAGGCGACCGUAAUUUAGAGAACUAAAACCCAGAAAUAUCAUGUUGAAAGAAGCAAGUAGGUUUCAAAUCCGUACAUAAUCUAGUCUACUAUAUCAAGCCAUUAAGCAAAGCC